GCUCUGUUUCCCGGGCAGCCAGUGAAGCGCAGUCCCGCAGCAUUGCGUUUGAUGAUUACUGCACAACUAAAUGGCGGAUGAGGACAAGGGGCUGUAGCUUGAACAAUAACACCUCACUUUCCCAGCGAAGCUCUUCUCAAUCGUCUCAGUUGACCGAUGCAGAUCCCACAUGCAUAGCGUACAGUCGUUCAUAUGUGGCUCUAGUAAUUCACUGGUUUAGUUCAGGCACGAUUGAUCGCGGGUUUUAGCAGCGCUCCGGAGGAAGUCGGUCUCUUGAUGGUGGUUGUGAUAUGGGGGACUCGCUCGGUCUGAUCGGGAAGCGGCUGCUGCUGCUGCUCGGUGACGGGGGCUCCGCGGCGGAAGGGGCGGUGGAGCAGGCGGACUGGAUCCGCGGAACCGUGCGGGCGGUCAGUGUGAUCGGGCUGGCAAGCCCCGGGACGGAGGUGUUUGUGGAGUUUGACGACAGCCCUUGGCGGCAGCGCUCAUGGGUGCAGGUGUACGGGGACGAGGUGCGAGCCGUUCUCAUGGAGAGUGCCAUCGUCUGGGCCAGCUGCAGUGAUCCGUCGCUCUCCGCUGCGCCUCAGUGGCCAGCCUUGAUGUUUAAACCUCUGGUUGACCGAGUGGGUUUGGGAUCCCUGGUUCCUGUGGAGUUCUUUGGCGCGAGAACCUUGGCAUUUCUCCCUAACGGAAGCGCACUGCACACUUUUGAGACUGAAAAAGAUUUCGGACACUCUCUGCUACAAGAGCAGCCGGCGCUUCAAGCGGCCAUCAGCCGCUGGCACAGUGACUCGGAGUUGCAGGAGAUCCUGCGGAAAGGAUCGUGCACUAUUCGGGGUCAGAGAGUGCAGGUGUACCAGCCUGAGUUUGGGGAGCCCUGGGCCUUGGGACUCGUAUCUCAGCACGAUCUAGUUUCACACAUUAUGGAGAUUAUCAUGGACCAGGGUGAAGAGACACAAGUCGUCGAUCCCCGGGUUAUUCACGUGAUGCUUGCUGUGGAGCAGUCAGAGAAGAGCCCAGAUCGACGCAAGAAGGAGGGCGAUGGUGGGAAAGGUGAGGGCGGUCGGCGGCGCCGGACAACAUCUGAAGGAGAUGAAGACAUUACUCUGAAACGUUUCAAAGGAGCCGGAGAGGGCGCCUCUGACAGCCAGAAUGGCAGUGGCUCUAACACGGACGCUGAGGCUAUGGUAACAUGUGUAGAGAUGCCGGGAGAGGGUGGCGUAGGUGGGAGGGUGACGAGCACCUGUAGUCCAGGCUCCUCUAACAACAGCAAUUCCUCUCAGCAGGAGCACUCCCACAUAAGGAGCACAGGUUUUGUUAAGGAGAAUGGCAGUUUUGUCCCAAACCAAGAAAGGAUAUCCUCUUCAGUAUCAGCGGUGCUUCCUGCGUCCACUCCAACACCACCUCCAUUGAAGCCUGCACCGUCGCCCUUUUCUAACACUUUUCCUUCUUUGGGUCAAAUGCCCAGCUUGGUGCCCGGAGCCCCUGCCCCGAAAUCCUCUCCCACACUCCCGGCAGCCGAGAGGGAGGAGGAAGGUGUCCUUUCAGGGUAUCCUAAAACAGCUGCCCUGGUGUCUCCGGGUCCUGUGACCAUUUCAUCACCUUCCCAAGACAACGCUUCAAGUGUGGCCCUUUCUGCUCCUGUAGAAGCAAACAAAAAGCCCAGUAAAUGGGGAUCUGCUCCAGAAGCAAUCCAGACCCCCAAGACCCCUGCUCUAGCUGCUGCAGGAUUUGGUAAACAGUCAAGUGAGCCAGUGUUUGGAGAAGUUCCCACACAGGCCAAUGGUUCUUCCCAGGAGGACAAGCCUUUUGGCUUUCCUUUUGGAGCUGCGAAGGAGUCUCAGGGGCAGGGCUCUGAUCCCUCACAGAACCUGUUCUUCCAAAUCAUGUCUCAGAACCAGAGCAUCACACAAGGCCAGUCAAAGGCCUUCACGUCCUUGUCCGAGUGCCUGAACAAGGAGCCGCCCAACCUGUUCAAGCCUGCCGCUCCCUCCGAGGGUUUCAAAAAGGUGGUUGCAGCUUCUACAUCCGCUGGACUGUUUGGUUCAGCAGCUGCUAGUGGCCUGGCACCAAUGAAAGAGCUGCCAAAAGUGCCUGAGAUCAAGCCUGCAGGCAAUGGGAUCAUAAUGAACAAGCCUUUCGGAGCGGUGGGGGAGGCUUUUCCCCCAGCCACAGGUCAAGCUGCGAGCUCUGCAGAGCCUCUGAAUCCCUCUUUGGGAUUAGGAACCAGCGGACUGGGAAGUGCCAGAAAUGUUAACAGCUCAAAUCCAGGCAGCGGUUUUGGUCUGCUGGCUAGCAACAAGGUUUCGGAAACUCAUGAGAACCUUUUCCUACAGGCCACGAAGGAAACAAAUCCAUUUCUUGCUUAUGGCGGAGCUGUUUCACACAGCCCUUUUAGUGCAUUGUCAGCCCCGAAGUCUGCGCUGUCCGCGUCUGCUGUCUCUCCUUCAGGCAGCUCUGGUCCACUUAGUCAAGAUCCUCCUGGUGGUGAUGCCAAACCAAAUCUCUUCACCAUGGCAGAACCUCCUAAGGGAAUCUUAGCCCCCCAGUUCCCUGCUCCUGCCCUCACGACCACUCCGUCAUUCACUUCAGUUGCCCAGGAUGGACAACAAAUGUCCAAACCAAGCAAAGAGGGUUCAGAUGGCAGCCCGGGAACCCGCCUCAGCACCGAAGGCCAAGAUGUGGCUAUGCCUUUUGACCAAACCAAGUUUGCUUUGGAGGAACGCAGUCAUUCCACCAAAAGAGAUUCAGAGUCCAGUAGCAACAGUGACCUGUCUGAUUUGAGCGAGGGGGAGGACAACUCCGGCCAGAGCCAGAAACCUGGGGUUUCCUCAGCCACUGAGGAUAAGAGCAAGACCCAGCCUGUGGCUAAGAGCCGGCCACGGAGCAAACCCAUCAAAGUGGGACAGUCCGUGUUGAAGGACCAGAAUAAGGUUCGGCGCUUGAAGCAGUCCGGAGAGUCCUUUCUACAAGACGGCUCCUGCAUUAACGUGGCGCCCCACCUGCACAAAUGCCGCGAGUGCCGUCUGGAGCGCUACAGGAAAUCCCGCGAGGACUCGGAUGAUGAUGAUGACCCAAACGUGGCUUGCCGAUUCUUCCACUUCCGCAGGCUGGCUUUCACUAAGAAGGGAGUCCUUCGCGUGGAGGGCUUUCUGAGCCCGCAGCAGAGUGACAGCAUGGCGAUGGGCCUGUGGCUCCCCUCCCUCACAGCACAGGAAGGACUUGACCUGGACACGUCCAAAUAUAUUUUAGCAAACGUGGGUGACCAGUUUUGCCAACUGGUCAUGUCAGAGAAAGAGGCCAUGAUGAUGAUCGAGCCCCAUCAAAAAGUGGCAUGGAAGCGAGCUGUGAGGGGAGUGAGAGAGAUGUGCGACGUGUGUGAGACGACGCUGUUCAACAUCCACUGGGUGUGUCGCAAAUGCGGCUUCGGCGUUUGUCUCGACUGCUACCGGCUACGCAAGAACAGGCCACCUGAAGCAUGUCUCGGACUCACUUCUGCUCUUUCAGUAGACGAGAGUCCUGAAGAAGAGGUGUUCUCAUGGCUGAAGUGUGCUAAAGGCCAGCCACACGAACCACAGAACCUCAUGCCCACUCAAAUUAUACCUGGCACGGCCUUAUACAGCAUAGGUGACAUGGUACACGCAGCCAGAGGUAAAUGGGGCAUCAAAGCGAACUGCCCCUGCACUAGUCGACAUAACAAACCCUUGGUGCGGCCCAGUGCUCCAAACGGCCUUUCACAGUCGGGUGCAGCUAACAGUGUGGGGAAUGGAGCCACAACCCGUCCGAACGGGGACCCGGCAGCGGGUGCUGUAGUCAAAACAGAGCCUGUUGAGGAGGCGGGCAGCGCUGACACAACGUCAGGCACCAGUGGGACAAACAGCAGCACUUCUAGUCCUGCUCCUGCCCCGACACCAGCUGCUAAAGAUGGCAAGGGCAGUUCCUCGGCCCUUCACUGGCUGGCUGACCUGGCCACACAAAAGGAGCCCAAAGACACAAUGUGCUCAGGCUCUUCCUCUGGUUUUAUCUCAGAGUCUCUGCGCUCCGUGAUGGGUCGAGACUCUCGUACUCCAUUUGGUCUGGACUCCUUCGGGACCCUUUCCAAACCCUCAGGGGCUAGUCCCAAGCUCUUCAACAGUCUGCUGCUGGGCGCUGGCCCUUCCCAACCCAAAGCAGAGGGCACUAGUCUCCGAGAUCUACUGAACUCUGGCCCCGGAAAGCUCCCGCAAGGUCCCGCCGAGGGAGGUGUUCCCUUCCCUUCAGUGUUCUCCACUGCUGGUCAGGCUGAUAAAAUGAAGGGAGGACUUCCUAACUUCUUGGAUCAUAUCAUUGCAUCAGUGGUGGAGACGAAGAAGGCAGAGAGUCGCCGGUCAUCAGGGGCAGCAGAAGGCGGCGAGUCGGGGGCCGUUCCUCGCAGAGAGGGCUUGAUGGGUCUCAGUGUAUUAGACCCUCACACUUCCCACUCCUGGCUGUGCGAUGGCCGACUGCUCUGCCUGCAGGACCCCAGCAACAGCAACAACUGGAAGAUCUUCAGAGAGUGCUGGAAACAAGGACAGCCUGUGCUGGUCUCAGGCAUACACAAGAAGCUGAAGGAACACUUAUGGAAGCCAGAGUCCUUUAGCAAGGAGUUUGGAGACCAGGAUGUGGACCUGGUCAACUGUAGGAACUGCGCCAUCAUUUCUGAUGUCAAAGUCAGAGACUUCUGGGAUGGUUUCCAGGUUAUUUCCAAGCGGUUGCAGGGUGGAGAUGGCCAACCUAUGGUACUGAAACUUAAAGACUGGCCUCCUGGAGAAGAUUUCAGAGAUAUGAUGCCCACUCGGUUUGAUGAUCUCAUGGUGAACCUUCCUCUGCCAGAGUACACAAAGAGAGAUGGCCGGCUCAACUUGGCCUCUCGUCUUCCAAACUUCUUCGUACGGCCAGAUCUGGGUCCUAAAAUGUACAAUGCCUACGGUCUGAUCUCCACAGAAGACAGGAAGGUUGGCACCACUAACCUGCAUCUGGACGUAUCUGAUGCAGUCAACGUAAUGGUGUAUGUGGGCAUCCCAGAAGGAGACAGUGACCAUGAAAUCAAAGCCGAUUUCGCUGGAUGCAAAGAGGUGAUGCAGACCAUUGAAGAGGGAGAUGUGGAUGAAGUGACUAAGAGAAGAGUCUAUGAGGCAAAGGAGAAACCUGGAGCUCUCUGGCACAUCUACGCCGCCAAAGAUGCAGAGAAGAUCCGUGAGCUCCUGCGAAAGGUUGGAGAGGAACAAGGUCAAGAGAACCCACCAGACCAUGAUCCAAUCCACGACCAGAGCUGGUACCUGGAUCAGACGCUGCGUCGCCGGCUGUAUGAGGAGUACGGGGUCCAGGGCUGGUCUAUUGUGCAGUUUUUGGGAGAUGCUGUGUUCAUCCCAGCUGGUGCGCCACAUCAGGUGCACAACUUGUACAGCUGUAUCAAGGUCGCAGAGGACUUUGUUUCUCCCGAGCAUGUGAAGCACUGUUUUAGACUGACGCAGGAGUUCCGGCACCUGUCCACCACUCACACUAACCAUGAGGACAAGCUACAGGUGAAGAACAUCAUCUACCAUGCCGUGAAGGAUGCUGUGGGAACAUUAAAAGCCCAUGAGCCUAAACUAGGCCGCUCUUAGUUGUUGUACUGAUGGUGAAGUCACUGAGAGAUUGGGUCUUGGGGUGGGUGAGAUUUGGGUUUGGAUGAGGCCAGUGUGCUUGCCAAACAAGCUGUUUAUAAUGGAACGUCUCUGCGUUUUGGUAGGAUGAAGAUGCUGCUUCAUCAGUGUUACAAGAGCAUUGUUUAGUUUUACAAUCCAUUUCUCUGUAUUUAAAAAGUCUGUUCUUUUUCUCAGCAUUUAAAAUUUGUUGGACUGUUCAGAGAGCUGGUGAUUAUAAGCUGACAUGAAUCUUUUAAAAGGCCUUCACCAAGGUUUCUUUAUGACUUCUGUGAAAAACAUUGAGCACUGGUUUCCUUCUUAGAGAACAUACAUUUUGUGCUCUUCAGAAAAGGAGUACAGUAUCGUCAACAGUAAUUAAAUUGAUUAAAAGAUUCCCGCCAACUUUUCAAGGAGGGGUGGAUAAGAGCAUGGAAGGGAACUAGACCAAAGUUUUUUUUUAUUUUUUGUUUCAUGUUCCGUUUUUGUUUGGUUUUGUUGAUGGAAAACAUGUUCUUUGCUUUUUUAUGUAAUACACCAUUAAGGUAAUAUUUCACUGACAGCAAGUGUUCGACUGGCUUUGAGGAACGUCAUUCAAGAAUCAGCUACUCCAGUUCUGCUGAACUACUGGUCAUAAAUAUGUACCAAUAUAUAUAUUGAUCUUAGCAGUGCAUAUGAUUUUUUUUUCUCUCUCUCUCUCUCAAAAUAAAGGUUUACAAGAAACGA